AUGACCAAAGACAGUGAACAUCAAACACCUCCACCACCGCCUCCUCCACCAUCGACAGAGUACCAUCCAGCUCUUUCCGUCAACAACAUCAAGAACGUUAUUCCCUUGAUUCUUGAUCGGGAAAAAGUUCAAUAUUCUAAUUGGGUGGAAUUAUUUGAAGUUCAUUGCCACGCUUUUAAUGUUCUUGACCACAUCGACUCUACCGUGCCGCGACGUUCCGAUGUCUCCGACUCUCUUUGGCGUCGCCUAGACUCUAUUGUCAAGCAAUGGAUAUACGGCACAAUUACCUUGGACCUUCUUCAAUCUGUCCUUUGCAAAGGUGACUCGGCACAACAAUUUUGGAACAAAUUGAAGGAUUUAUUUCAAGACAACAAGAACACGAGGGCCGUGUAUCUUGAGAACCAGUUUAAUUCCCUUCACUUGUCCAAUUUUUCUAAUAUUAGUACUUAUUGCCGACAAUUAAAGAGUUUAAAGGACCAACUUGCCGCCGUCGAUCAACCUGUCACAGAACAAAAACUCGUAAUCCGACUUGUCUCCGGCCUUAUCAAUACGGACUACGACACAGUUGCUACUAUUAUACAACAAACAGAACCACUUCCCUCAUCCGAGAUAGCACGUUCUCGGCUUUUACUUGAAGAAACAUGUCGGUCAAACGACCAAGGCAGUCAAUCUGCUUCCUUUGUAGCGCAAAGCUUAACACCGACCUCUGCUACAAAUUCGACUCCAGCGCCACCUGCUUCAUAA